UGUUCGCUAUCGGUCACCGAUGGGUCGUGGAAGGUUGUGGGUGGUGGAACGCAAUCGGAAAAUUCAGUCACAAUCUCAGACUGAAUGGUUCGCCUUCCACAUUCAAGAAAAAGCAAUUUUUUCGGCAUUAGCACUAUCGUGUAGAAAACAGCCUUAGACACGUAGAAUUCGUCCAUUAGCUUAGUGUGUAUCGGAAAAAGCCAAAGAAUACAAAAUGCGAUGUUCGGUGUGCAAUUAUUACACCUGGAGCUAUUUUAUCGCUUUUGCGGAAAUAUUCGUCUCAUUUGAAGUGGCAUCCGCUCUGCUGCAAUGCACCCGGGAGCUGGAUCGUGAUAUUACUUGUUAUGACGUGGAACCGGUCGUAGUGCUGCUAGUAUUGUACAACUUUCUUUCGCUGACCCUCAUCAUUGGUGUGUUUAAGCGAGCGGAAAAAUUGCUGCAAAUAUAUCAGACAUGUACCAUCACUUUGAAAGCUUCUGCAAUUAUACGAAAAGCCAUACUUUCCGCUACAGAAUACAAUCAGAAUAACAUAGAAAAGACGGCCACGGAAAUGAAAAUUGUCAUUCUUCUAACUUUGAUCUUCACCCUGGAGGCGUUAGUCGUGGCCGGAGCUUGCCGCAAAAUCCGCCGAGAGAAGGAAGAACCACUAUAUUACUUCGAUGUUGUCUGAAUGGAUUCUACGCCCUUUUCUUCAAAUGUGAUGGAAGUCGACUUCGCGUACAGUGUCUCUUGUACGCUGCUGAGAAUACCGAUUGGGCUCCUCGAAAUCAACCCCUUUUCGUCCAGACAAUAUAUACAAAUAUUUAUAUAUAAACAUUUAUAGAACAGAUAAGAGUUUCAACCCUUUCCCCGUUUUACGUGCAAACCGAUCAAGAACGCUUUCCUGUCAAUUUGGGAUUUAUAAACAUUUUGUAGUGUAGAUCGAAUGAUGUAGUACGCGUACUGGAGCUCAACCAUUUUUUGCCAAUUCGAUCAAACGAACGCUUUAAUUCGAUACCAAAAAUAACAAUAACAACCUAAACUUAUA